GUGCUCGAUGGAUUGAUGGAUCUGUAGAAAAUGAUUUGCCAAUGAACAAGCUCUCUGAACUCUUUAAUGUAAAUCAUUUUAUUGUGUGUCAAGUAAAUCCACACGUAGUUCCAUUUCUACAAAAAAAAUUGAUUGCAUCACCUAUAAGUCGAGCAAUUAAAUGGUUUUUAUGUUUUGCCAUUUCCGAGCUACAGCAUCGAAUGAAUCAGCUUAGCGAAAUUGGUGUAAUGCAAAGUCUUAUAUAUCGAGUUCAAUCAAUCAUGUCACAAUGUUAUUAUGGUGAUAUCACUAUUGUACCCAAUAUUAGUUACAUGGAUUUUCUUAAGAUUCUUUCCAAUCCUUCACCUGAAAUAUUAGGAGAAGCUACGUUGAGGGGUGAAAGGGCUACUUGGCCUAAAAUUUCCAUUAUACGUAAUCAUUGUCAAAUUGAAUUGGCAUUAGAUGAAGUGAUCCAUAGACUUCGUCGUCGACAACUAGAUUCAUCAUUUAUUAAGACUUCAAAAAUUGAAAUUAGAAAAGGAUGA